AGCCAGGAGUGUAAGAUGAUCUCUCUCUUUCCCGAGCCCAUCAGGCAUCCUUUAGCAUAGGGACACACUCGCACACACAUUCCUAUCAAGUCAUCUUGUGAAAGACUGCCGGCUUCCAACUUGGCUUGAGUGUGCAACCUUAAUAAAACACGCCAAGGUCUGCGAGAAAAUAGCAGUUCAGCCGCAGCUAGGGCAGGAGAAAGAGACUGAGGCUAUGCCUAGGCAGCUGACUCAAAGACGCUGCAUGCUGAAGUGUAACAGAGGGGAAAUGAUAAAUCCCAGCUACUAUGCAAUAAAUUGCUCCAGCUUCAGCUAAGGAAGCCCUCUGUUAUCAUGAAAUAGGUUUUUUUUAAGAUAGUUAUUAUCUUAAUUUUCUUUUCUUUACCAUUUUGUUCCCUUAAAGAGAUCUUUAAAGACAAAGCAAAACAAAACAUAAGAGGGAAAGGAGUGAAAGUGUUUCUGUUCACACACACAAAAGAGGGCUAGUAACAUGACCGUUCUCCUUGGCUUUGCUUUUAUUGCUGCUGUCCUGACUCACAUAGGCUGCAACAAUCCACGCCGGGUGCCAGAGUCCAGCAGCACAAGGAGGUAUAACCGGAUUCAGCAUGGGCAGUGCACCUACACUUUCAUCCUUCCAGAACAGGAUGGGAACUGUCGCGAAAGCACCACUGAACAAUACAACACCAACGCUCUCCAGAGGGAUGCCCCUCACAUGGAGCAGGAUUUCUCUACCCAGAAACUGCAACGCCUGGAGCAUGUCAUGGAAAACUACACUCAGUGGCUGCAAAAGCUUGAGAAUUACAUUGUGGAAAACAUGAAAUCAGAGAUGGCCCAGAUGCAGCAGAAUGCUGUGCAGAACCACACAGCCACCAUGUUGGAGAUAGGGACAAGCCUUCUCAGCCAGACCGCAGAACAGACAAGAAAGCUUACAGAUGUUGAAACACAGGUGUUAAAUCAGACUUCCAGAUUAGAAAUUCAGCUGUUGGAGAAUUCACUGUCUACUUACAAGCUGGAGAAACAACUGCUGCAACAGACACAUGAGAUCUUCAAAAUACAUGAAAAAAACAGUCUACUAGAACACAAAAUCCUUGAAAUGGAAGGAAGACAUAAAGAGGAGCUGGAUACUUUGAAGGAGGAAAAAGAGAACCUACAAGGCUUGGUUUCACGUCAAACAUACAUCAUCCAAGAACUGGAAAGACAGCUGACUAAAGCAACUAACAAUAACAGUAUCCUGCAGAAACAACAACUGGAGCUAAUGGACACUGUACACAGCUUAGUGAACAUGUGUUCUAAAGAAGGAGUUAUGCUAAAGAACCCCAAAAGAGAAGAUGACAAGCCAUUCAGAGACUGUGCUGAUGCAUACCAAGCUGGUUUUAAUAAAAGCGGUGUCUACACUAUUUAUGUGAAUAAUAUAUCAGAACCUAAGAAGGUUUUUUGUAAUAUGGAUACCCUGGGAGGAGGCUGGACAGUUAUACAGCACCGAGAAGAUGGGAGCCUAGAUUUCCAAAAAACCUGGAAAGAAUACAAAAUGGGUUUCGGUAGUCCUUCUGGUGAAUAUUGGCUGGGGAAUGAGUUUAUCUUUGCAAUAACCACCAGUCAAAGACACUAUUCUCUAAGAAUUGAACUAACAGACUGGGAAGGAAGUCGGGCUUAUUCACAAUAUGAUAGAUUUUAUAUAGGAAGUGAAAAACAGAAUUACAGGCUCUAUCUAAAGGGUCAUUCAGGAACAGCAGGAAAACAGAGCAGCCUGAUUCUGCAUGGGGCAGAUUUUAGUACCAAAGAUGCUGACAAUGACAACUGUAUGUGUAAAUGUGCCCUUAUGCUAACAGGAGGCUGGUGGUUUGAUGCCUGUGGGCCUUCCAAUCUCAAUGGAAUGUUCUACUCUGCCGGACAGCACCACGGAAAAAUAAAUGGAAUCAAAUGGCAUUACUUCAAAGGCCCCAGUUACUCAUUACGUUCCACAACUAUGAUGAUCCGGCCUUUAGACUUUUAAAGACACCAAGCAAAGGCAAGAACAAUGUGCAGUAUAGCUACCACAUUCUGAAGGACCUCCUAUGUAACCUUCAGAAGCAGAAGGCGGGAACUUUCUGAAAGGCAUGAAAUGGCAGGAAUCCAGCUCUACUCACAUCUGAUGUCAUAGGCUGCAGAAAAUGGACAUGAAUCACCACCAAACACAUGAGGAUGCAGAGGAAGAUGUGGUUGCUCAGACUAGAGAAGAUAACCAUUGUGACUAUUCAGUGAACAACCUUUCAAUUCAGUUGCCACAAAGGAACCCAAUAACAUUUAGCAGAAACAUUUCUUUUCCUUAUUAUUUUCUUAAACAAAAACUAUGAAAGUUAUGAGACUACAUACAAGGAAGAUGCAGUUUUGGAAAGCAAAAAUAAAUAAUAAACCAGAAAGGAAGGGAUACUCAUCCACAGUAUAAAAAGCAUUGAAUCUAUGCAAAAGCACAACUGAUAUUUAUUUUUGUAGGGCCAUGUUGCCUUGAAAAUGCAAAGAUGGCUGUACAAGCCCUUGCCUGCUAUCAACAAAUAUAAUUUAGAUAGAUAACAUUUCUUUAAUGUAGGAUCAAUAAGGUAUGUAUGAGUGAUUUCUCAUUUAAGCCCAUUUCAAAUGUGAAACAUGUUCCUAAUAAAAAGCCUGUGUUUCAUGACAGGCAGGAAAAGAUAAGAGCAAUGUGGGGGGAAUUGCCCCGACUGACUAGGGUGCAUGUUGGUAAUCUGGAUAAUUGACAUAAUCCUUCAGCUAGGAUUUAUGGCAUGAUAACAAAAGAAGCCAGGAAUUUUUCUUUUUGACUGCUACAGCUUUGGACUCUGUCAAACCCAGUCUGAAUCUCCCAUUCAAAAGAAAUUGUUGGUUAUUUUAAAAAGGUGAAAUAAAGGUUAUUUGUAUAUGGAAUUUCCUUUGGAAAAUAUACUUAAAUACAGCAUGUAUGCAAAUGGCAUAACCUCAUAUUUAACUGGAUUGGGUUCAUUAACCAGCCUUGGGCUUUUUUGUAUGUGCACAUGUUAGAGUUAAUUACUUCUAAAUUGCUAGACCUUCGUUUGUUUUCUGUUAGUCAUUGUUAAUUUGAAAGUAAGCCAAGCAGGGGGCUUAUCAGUUCUUUGUUGUGGUUCAGUUACUGUGGAGUAUAAUAAAUAAAUAUAGGAGAAUAAAGGGGAUAAUUGCAAUUAUGGAUGAUCAAUACCAUGGCCAGAAAACAGCCAAAUAUAAA